AUGGCCCAGGCAACUUCAAAUCCGACUUUCAUAACGGAUGACGUCCAAGAAUCAUUCCACGAUCUUCUUGAAUACGUAGACCUAAUACAACUGGGGUCACCAAGGGUUCAAAGCAUGGACCAAGUCGAUCCUUUCAUCAGUCGCUACUCGGUUCCUGACGAUCUUAGUGAAAAGGAGCUUGAGAAGCAGAAUGUUAGAGUACUGAGGUGGGAGGGGCUAAUAUCUGCACAGUGGAUGUUGACUUUGCUUUAUGCACUGAUAACGCAAAGUCGAUUAUGCGACUCGGCUAGUCUUACGAAGCAGCAUCAAUGGCUGCUUAUAACGGCCACUACGCACAAGAGAGCAUGUAAAGGAGGAGCUGAUGGCUAUAAAGUCCUCCUCCAGCCAAAUCCUGACAUGGCGACCUCAACGCAGGUUGAUGAAGACGCAAACCACAGCGAAGGUCCAGAGGCAAUAGUACCAGAUCGGGUUGGAAUGUCGUGGUCAUCAGCUAAUCUCGAGUUCAUCGCCCAAGGAGAAUCGGGGAUUCCGUCGGAGCUUCCGAAGCAAAGCCAGCGGCUGGUAACUGGAAUUAGCUCAGGGUUUCAACGAUUUCUCUGCGCAGAGUACGUCAACGGUGUUAGCUGUCCUUAA